GUUGGAGGUUUCCAGAAGCGUUCCCACCGCCGCGCAGCGCAGCGCAGCUCCCGGCUGACCGAGUGACUGUUGCCUCGUACUCUCACCGUUUAGCCGCCAUGAUAAGCGCCAGCCGAGCCGCGGCAUCCCGUCUCGUUGGCGCUGCAGCUUCCCGGGGUCCCACGGUCGCCCGCCACCAGGAUGGCUGGAAUGGCCUUAGUCAUGAGACUUUUAGAAUUGUUUCAAAGCGGGACUAUGCAUCAGAAGCAAUCAAGGGAGCAGUUGUUGGUAUUGAUUUGGGUACUACCAAUUCCUGUGUGGCCGUUAUGGAAGGUAAACAAGCAAAGGUGCUGGAGAAUGCUGAAGGUGCCAGAACCACCCCUUCAGUUGUAGCCUUUACAACAGAUGGUGAGCGACUUGUUGGCAUGCCUGCUAAGCGACAGGCUGUCACCAACCCAAACAACACAUUCUAUGCUACCAAGCGUCUUAUUGGCCGGCGAUAUGACGACCCUGAAGUCCAGAAAGACAUUAAAAAUGUUCCCUUUAAAAUUGUCCGCGCCUCCAAUGGUGAUGCCUGGGUUGAAGCUCAUGGAAAACUCUAUUCUCCAAGUCAGAUUGGAGCAUUUGUGUUGAUGAAGAUGAAAGAGACUGCAGAAAAUUACCUGGGGCAUACAGCAAAAAAUGCUGUGAUCACAGUCCCAGCUUAUUUCAAUGACUCACAAAGACAGGCCACUAAGGACGCUGGUCAGAUAGCUGGACUGAAUGUGCUUCGGGUGAUUAAUGAACCCACAGCUGCUGCUCUGGCCUAUGGUCUAGACAAAUCGGAAGAUAAAGUCAUUGCUGUAUAUGAUUUAGGUGGUGGAACUUUUGAUAUUUCUGUCCUGGAAAUUCAGAAAGGAGUAUUUGAGGUGAAGUCCACCAAUGGAGACACUUUCUUAGGUGGUGAAGACUUUGACCAGGCCUUGCUACAACACAUUGUGAAGGAGUUUAAAAGAGAGACGGGAGUUGAUUUGACCAAAGACAACAUGGCACUUCAGAGAGUUCGGGAAGCUGCUGAGAAGGCUAAGUGUGAACUCUCCUCAUCUGUGCAGACUGACAUCAACUUGCCAUAUCUUACAAUGGAUGCAUCUGGACCUAAGCAUUUGAAUAUGAAGCUGACCCGGGCUCAGUUUGAGGGGAUUGUCGCUGAGCUAAUCAGGAGGACCAUCGCCCCAUGCCAAAAAGCCAUGCAAGAUGCAGAAGUCAGCAAGAGUGACAUAGGAGAAGUGAUUCUUGUUGGUGGCAUGACUAGAAUGCCCAAGCUUCAGCAGACUGUGCAGGAUCUCUUUGGCCGAGCCCCAAGUAAAGCUGUCAAUCCUGACGAGGCUGUGGCCAUGGGAGCUGCCAUUCAGGGAGGUGUGUUGGCUGGUGAUGUCACAGAUGUGCUGCUCCUGGAUGUCACUCCCCUUUCUUUGGGUAUUGAGACUCUGGGAGGUGUAUUUACCAAACUUAUUAACAGGAACACCACUAUUCCAACCAAGAAAAGUCAGGUGUUUUCUACAGCCGCUGAUGGUCAGACUCAGGUGGAGAUUAAAGUGUGCCAGGGUGAGAGAGAGAUGGCUGGAGACAACAAACUUCUUGGACAGUUUACUUUGGUAGGUAUUGGGAAUCCUAAAUAUGCUCCUUUCUUUUUUAUUGUACAGUUAGACUAUAUUUCAACCCCUAUUAAUAUUGUGAUCCAGUCUUCUGGUGGGUUAAGCAAAGAUGAUAUUGAAAAUAUGGUUAAGAACGCAGAGAAGUAUGCUGAGGAAGACAGGCGAAAGAAGGAACGAGUUGAAGCAGUUAAUAUGGCUGAAGGAAUCAUCCAUGAUACAGAAAGCAAGAUGGAGGAAUACAAGGACCAAUUGCCUGCUGAUGAGUGCAACAAACUAAAAGAGGAGAUUUCCAAAAUGAGAGAGCUCCUGGCUCGAAAAGAUAGUGAAACUGGAGAAAACAUAAGGCAGGCAGCAUCUUCCCUUCAGCAAGCAUCACUGAAGCUCUUCGAAAUGGCAUACAAAAAGAUGGCCUCUGAGCGAGAAGGCUCUGGAAGUUCUAGUGCUGGGGAACAAAAGGAAGAUCAAAAAGAAGAGAAACAGUAAUAACAGUAAACUUUGGAGCCAAAAGGACAACAUGACGCUUGGGAGUGAAGGGACUUCCUGAGCAGAAAUGGGCAGACUUCAGUCUUUUACUGUGUUUUUGCAGUAUUCUAUAUAUAAUUCCCUUAAUAUGUAAAUUUAGUGACUUAGCUAAUGAUCAUUUAAUGAGUGGUAAUUCCAACAGUAACAAAGCUCACAAUGUUCUGUCUGUCCCUAGCCUAUCAUUUUUUAGCUGCACGAAAAGGGAAGGUGAUGACUUAUUGAUUGUGAAGACUUAACAUUGUUUUGUGCUGAAAUACCUGUAUUUCCAAGGGGUGAAACCAUCCCACACACAACAACGAAGGUAGUCAGACCUGGAAUAAAACCAACUGGGGAUAUAAGACAAGUACUGCCAUACCAGCCUGUGUGUAUACAUGGGAUCCUUCAACUGAGGCCUUGCAAGACAAGCCUGUUGUGCCACAUUCAGAGGUAGAGCAGGGGAAGCUAAGCUAUUUAUGUUAGGUACAGCUUUUAAACAAGGUAAUAAGGCUCCCUAAUUUUCCUAUGGCACACUUUUAUAGCUACCUUCUGGCCUUUGGCACCUGUACCCUGGAUUAUUCUUUUUGAUCCAUUCUGGAUUUUUUUAAAAAAUAAAUAUGAAAAGCAUCUUGAUCUCUUGUUUGUGAGGGGUGAGGCUAAGUA